GGGCAGCAUUCUGAGCCUUGUUCAGUAAUGGCGGAAACAAUGAAGCGGAGCAGAAACCUCCAUCCUCCUCCUGCUCCUCCUGCUCCUGCUGCUCCUCACGAGUCCAAAGAAGCGUCCAGCGGCUCGGACUGUGUCCGUGUCCUCCUCAAGCUGCUCGUGCACUUCGGGAACGAGCUCAACUUAGGUGAUGGAGCUUUGAGAAUAGAAGUCAACACCAAUACUGUGAAUCCUCCGUCUUCAGCUGCUGAGGUUUACAGCUGUUUGCAGGAGCAUAUCAAUAAACUACAGGCCGUUUCAGAAAGCUUAAAGACACUCGUGGAUGCUGAAAGUGAUCGAUCAUCUACAAGAGACAACACUCCAGAUGAUCCAGUCACAUCGUUUUCACACAAAGAGCAGACGACAGAGCGCCAUCCUCUCAGCUCGGAGGCCGCGGAGGAAAGCGAUACGGAAGCCGAUGACGUCAUGGUGCAGAUCAGAGCCGGGAAGUCAGAGAUUCAGAGAAGAAUAUCUGCAUGCAAGCAGAUGGAGAUCAAUGAAAACAAUGUGCGCGAGUUUUGCAACGUGAUCGACUGCAAUCAGGAAAACAGUUGUGCCAGAACAGAUGCAGUGUUCACUCCUUAUCCUGGUUUUAAAAGUCAUGUGAAAGUUAUACGGCAGGUGAACACGUAUGGGCCCCAGACUCGUGGCGGGGGAGGCCAAGGCGAGCCGGGGGAGCAGCAGAGGGGGCCGAUGGUGAGAAACUGUGGAAAUGCAGCGAUAGAGGAACGACUUCACAACAUCGAGAAUCACCUCAAACUGCCGACAGCGGGGCCGGUUCCACUGAGUGUCUACCACAGACUGAAGAAGCUGGAGGAUCGGAUCCUGGAGUUGGAAGGACUCUCACCCGAGUACUUUCAGUCCACGAGUCACCUGCACAAGCGACCGAAGACGUCCCCUGCUCAGGCCUGCAGUCUGUCGGAGCUGGAUGAGAAGAUCAAUGCAGUGAAAGCAGCGCUGCUGAAAAGGGUGAAUGAAUUCGGGCCUGGAUAUGGAACAGAGUGUCCGCUGUAGCCAACACAGAUCGAUGCUCCAAACACAAUUAAUUUGUUAAUGCAUUUAUACAUAUUUCCUGUAUUUUAUUUUCUGUCCCUCAUCGACUCGUCAGCGCUGUCGCUCUUACCGUGAUGCUUCUUUUACUAAAUCCUAAUAUUUAGUCAAAUAAGUAAUUUCUUUGUAAAUAAAUGUGUUUUUCUUUUACGAAAACUUGGACUCAUGACUUAACUGUUAAAUGUUUCAUGUGCUGGCAACCAGUGAUUCUUUUAUUGUUAGAAACUUAUGAAAAACUAACGAUUUUCAUCAUUGAUACGAUCACAGGAGAGAAGAAAGUUCCCAAAGUUCAAAUAUUCACUCUGACCUACAGUUCAAUCCACUAAUAUAUUCCGUUUAAUAUCAGGUCAUUACGUUUGGAUGUGAGGAACUGUAACCGGUGUAUUUUUAACUUUUAAAUUUUGUACAAAUGUGAAAAUGUGCCCUUGAUUGAAGAGUCAGAGGUAAUGACUUGCUGCAGUUUGUCAGACUGUCGGGACAAAGAAGUGAUAAUGUGACGAACCUGCUGGUGCAUAAAGAAUCUAGGAAUGUGGAGUUCAAAGCGAAUGAUUUUAAAGAGUCUGAAUAUUAAAGUUUGGCCGACUCGGCUGAAAAGUCAGGGUUAAACAUUGUGCCUGUGUGUCCUCAAAAAGCAUCAAAUUCUCUUAAAUUCAGAUUUGAUGGGUUUUGGUUUUUAAGCAGCUCCCAGUGAAUGUUGCUCGACUCUGUCAGACUGAAAAAUGAAUAGUUCUGGUUUCUGCUGAGUUGUAAAACCACUGCCAGCCUGCUAGUUAGAUGAUCCUGUUAAAGACAAUAUUAUGUUUAUAUAUACACCUGUGUUCUAGUGCCACGAUGUUAACAUCAGUUUCUCUGAGCCAAAAAGGAGAAAAGUCCUCGAUCCUAGAUACAGAAAAUAUAUCUUCAUAGUAUUUUUGUUUACUUCUUUAUUGUCUAAUCGUGGGAACGCGUGCACGUGUGCGUCUGUCUGUGUGCGCGUGUUUCACUUAAAUGAAUCUGAGCGAGGGUGUCUGAUUUAUGUGCCUGACCGCUGUGUGCUGAUGAUCACCUCUAAUGGCUGUCAUUAAAACAAAUGACCUGA